AUGAUCCUUGCAGGUGAGCUGCUUCGGCUAGCAAAGGAGCGUCAUCUCGGCACGCCUACUCCAAGUACCACAAAAGCUCCAAGUCAGAGUAGGGUUGGAGUGUCUUCUACAAGAGAUAAAGGAACGAAGGAUGAUGAAGACAGUGUGGAUAUUACUGAACCAAGGUCGAUCACACCAGCAGAGGAGUGGUGGCGUGUGCGAUGCCUUCUCGAGUUCGUUGAGAUAUUCGAGAAACUCAUGUACUAUGUGUGA